GGAGUCCUUCACGAAGAUAGAGGAGCUUAAGGCGAAGGUGACUUCAAUCUUUGGCUCCAUCCUCAAAAUGGACUCCACCAAGAAGGUGACCAAGAAGCUGGCGGGAGCCGACGCUGGUACCGCUCUGUGGAUGAGCAGCGUGGGGAACGAGCUGGGGCAGGUCCGUGCUGACGGCCGCUGAGGGCUACGGCCUGAGAGACAUGACAAGGGGCCUGCAGGAGCGGUACCAGCUGGCAGGGAAGGAGCCUCCACAGGUCCUGUAUGUGGACAGGGACUGCUGCCGGAGGGACGGAGGCACCUGCGCUGCAGCUGCUCUCUUCCCCGCCUGGCCACACCUGGCUGUCAGGCUGGACAUCUGGCAUUUUAUACGCCGACUGGCAGCAGGUGUGACCUCGGAGAGCCACCCCCUCUACCCCGAGUACAUGCGGCGUCUCUCCAGCUGCAUUUUUGAGUGGGACGCGGAGGACCUGUCCAUCUUGGAGACGGCCCUGCAGGCGGACGGGUCCAGAAGGACGCCGUCCAGCAAGGAGAUGGGUCGGCACUGCCGCCGCCGAACGCGUGGGGUGCAGGAGACCGAGCGUCUCCUUGGAGAGGCGGUGGAGGCGUUCAUGGGGGCCACUGAUACCAUGAACGUCCCCCUGCUGGAGCGGCACCGCAUGGAGCAGAUCCUGGAGACACAGAGGCAACACAUCCCCUGCAUUCAGGAUCCUGCUGGUGUCCGCCUGUACACCAGGACGGGACAGCUGACCCGGGGGGGGGGGGUGUCUCUGCCCGUCUACCGCUGUGCCCGUGGCUCCACGUCCCUGGAGUCCUUCCACCUGCACCUCAACAGGUUCAUCCCGGGCUCCUCUGCGAGGGGGACCUUUUUCCAGAUGUUCCUGUUGGAGGGGCUCACGAGGUGGAACGAGGACCGGGGAAAGGCGGCAGCGGGGGCCGAGGGGGCCGGCACCAGCUGCUACAGCGGCCAGGAGCAAUACACUCUCCACCAGCUCACGCAGCAGUUCUUCCAGAGCACGCUGGUGGAGAGCUACGUGAAGCUGCUGCAGUACACAGGUGAGCUCAUCGGGAUCAGCUAUCUGUACAACCAAACGGGAAAGGUUCUGCAGCCCCUCCCUGAGGAUCCCGAUGACAGCGAGGAGGUGACUGUUGAGGAGGAGGAGGAGGAGGAGGGAUAUGACCACGACAGAGAGAAUUUAUUUGAUCUUCCUGCUCCUCCUACUCCUCCUCCUUCUGCUCCACGGCAUCCUGCUCCACGGCAUCCUGCUUGGCGUCCUGCUCCACGGCAUCCUGCUUGGCGUCCUGCUCCACGGCAUCCUGCUUGGCGUCCUGCUCCACGGCAUCCUGAUCCACGGCAUCCUGCUCCACGGCAUCCUGCUCCACGGCGUCCUGCUCCACGGCGUCCUGCUCCACGGUAUCCUGCUCCUCCUCCACGGCGUCCUGCUCCUCCUCCUGCUCCUCCUGCUGCUCCUGCUCCUCCUCCUCCUGCUCCACGGUCUCCUCCUCAGCUGCUGCUGCAGCAUCCUCCACCUCUUCCUGGGCCUUCGCAUCAGGCCACUGCUGUUAAUGUUGCAGCCCCCGGCUACCAGCAGGUGCGUCGGCUGGCCCACGGUCUGGUGGAGAUUUGUGAGAAGGGAGACAUCACCCAGGAGGAGGUGGAGGUGCUCGUGGGUCUUUGGCAGAACCUCCUGGAUGUGGAUAAGGGCCGUGUAGUGUAUCCCUCACGCUACAGGGCCCAGCUGACACACGGGAGGUUCAAGAAGUCAAAGACCUCCACAGCCAACACAGAGGCCGUCCCCAGGCUGGAAAGCAUGAAGCGCUGCAUGGUGGGAACAGGCAGCGGCCCCGCCACGUGGCCCGACACCAGCCGGUUGGUGGAGGACAUCUUCAUCCUCCUCUGCCAGGUAAUCCCCAGCAGCAGAACACAGUGGGGGUUCCUCCGGAGCCGCUGGACUCUGGUGAUCACGGCAUACGACCAGGUCAGAGCUACGGUUUAUAGAUGUCCAGCGCUCGUAGCCAGGAUGACCCUCCAGCUGUUUACGGUCAACCAGCAGACCCUCUCUCAGUGGCACAAGAGGUGGACAGCGGCCCAGGAGAAGAUCAUCCUCACCUCUGGGAUCCAAUCGCUGCAGGCCCCCCGGACGGCAGAGGAGGCCCUUCUUUCUGAGACGUCAAUUGAGGAGGAGGAGCCCCAAGGAGAGGAGCCGCGAGCAGAGGAGCCCCUGCCUGGCCCUGGCACCCUCUUCAAAGAGCUGCGGCCCCCGGAAGAAGCGGAGCCCUUUCCUGCCACCCCCUCUUCCUCUUCCUCUUCCUCCUCCGCCCCCUCCUCCUCCUCCUCCGCCUCAUACACUCCCAAGUCCACAAAUUACAACCGUCUCAGACUGCAGAAGCAGCAGGCGGAGGCAGCUCAGAGGGGGGAGAGUCGGAGACUCAGAGCCCCGUCUCAGAACAAGUGCUCCUCCUGUGGGCUGAGAAAGAUAAAGGAGACGGGGCACAGACUCCUGGUGAAGGCCAGCGGGGAGAGAGUGAGCUACUGCCCUGUUUUGGCCAAAGAGAGGAGCCCUGAGGAGUGGUUGGAGUCCCUCCAAUAAGAAACACUGGACACAAUAACAUGUAUAUAAUGUAAAUAUAUUUUUCAAAUAAAGAGUUCAAACUU